GCACGGGUCGCUAACGCGAAUGCCGUACAGGGUCGCCACACGCGCGGUGCUGUUAGUCUCAUAUGUUCCUCCUCAUCGACUGCUCUUUCCCACGUCAUAACCGCUUUCCUCUUCGCCCGCAAUUUCCCUCAUCUCCCUCGCCGACCCUCGCCGCCCUCGCCUCUGCUUGUCGCCGCCGCGCUUCCCGUCGUCGCCCUUGCUUCCCCGUCACCCGUGCUUCCCGUCGUCGCCCUUGCUUCCCCUCACCCCGUGCUUCCCGUCGUCGCCCUUGCUCUCCCGUCACCCGCGCUUCCGUCGUCGCCCUUGCUUCCCCGUCACCCGCACUUCUUCUCAUCUCUCGCUCUCCUCCUCAACGUCUUCGUUUUCCUCAUCGCCAUAACGCCCUCGCUUCUGCCCCCCUUCUUCCCCCUUUGCCCUGAUUCCUUCCACCCUCUGCCCUGCUCCCCCCCAUCCCGUUCCUUGCUUCCCCCCACCCUCUGCCCUGCUCCCCCACCAUCCCCUUCCCUGCUCCCCCCCAUCCUCUGCCCUGCUCCCCCCAUCCCCUUCCCUGCUCCCCCCCACCCUCUGCCCUGCUUCCCCUCAUCCCAUUCCCUGCUUCUCCCCCACCCCCUGCCCUGCAUCUCCCCAUCCCCUUCCCUGCUUCCCCUCAUCCCCUUCCCUGCUUCCCCCCAUCCCCUUCCCUGCUUCCCCCCAUCCCCUUCCCUACUUCCCCCCAUCCCCUUCCCUGCUUCCCCCCAUCCCCUUCCCUCCUUCUCCCCAUCCGCUUCCCUGCUUCCCCCCAUCCCCUUCCCUGCUUCCCCUACCCUCUGCCCUGCUCCCCCCCAUCCCCUUCCCUGCUUCCCCCCAUCCCCUUCCCUGCUUCUCCCCAUCCCCUUCCCUGCUUCCCCCCAUCCCGUUCCCUGCUUCCCCCCAUCCCAUUCCCUGCUUCCCCCCAUCCCCUUCCCUGUCUCUGUGUUACCCGUUUCCUUGUCCCUUUUCCCUGUGUCUCCCCACCCUCUGUUCUUAUUCCUUCACCCUCGCACACCUUACCGCCUGCCGACCUUACCGCCUGCCCACCUUACCACCUUCCCUUCUCAUCCGCGCGCAGGUGUGCCCGGAAGGUGCACGUGCUGCCUUGUGCCUGCCGCUUGCUGUCCACGCCUUCCAUCCCACCUCUCCAAACCACGUCUUUUUCUAUAUGUGCCUCCCCUGCUGGCCCAUACCCUCUGCUGA